UUGAUUAGCUUGGAAGUCGUCUUGAAUCAAUCAGAUUGUCUGCUUGAUUGUAGAGUGGGUAGGUCUUUCGCGCCAAAUCUUUGGUGAAAGGUUUACUACGUAAUUAGAAAAAAGGCUUGCCGGGCGUCUGGAGCGUAGCAUAAAAAAGUUCUUUGUGAGCAGCAGUGAUAAAGGAUAGGAUCUUCAUUAUUUUAUUUUCCUCUUAACGCAAUGUGAAAGUGACAGAACUGUGUAUUGUCACACGUCCCUAAAAUACCAACAAUGUUUAGAUCAUCGUAACAUCCGAAGAUCUUUUGUUACGAUGAGCGAGAACACGGUGAGGGAUUUACAUAAGAUUUGGGAUGCAGUGAAUUCCAUUCGGAAAACACUUCAGUGUACCAGGUGUGAGAGGCUACUCCAGAAACCUGUGACGGGUAAGUGCGGUCAUCCGUAUUGUAGACUCUGUAUCCGUACCUUGGGAAAAACCACGCAGGAUUACUGCAAUAUUUGUAAAACCGUCAUAAACACCAGGAACUUACGGCAGCUUGACAACAUUCAGCCAACAGUUGAAAAUCUACAAACACUAAUCGAAGCUAUUGAAAAAGACUCUGGCACUAGCUAUCGAGAUUUCCGUAACCAACGCCCAAUAGAACAAUACCAAAGACAAUCCCAAAAGUCUGAAGCAUAUGAUCCACAGCCAGGUUCCUCGGUGAGUGAAGUCUAUAGUGGGUUAUCCUCAAAGAAACCUAUACAGGCUGAAAAGGAAAUAGCGGCAUCUAAAAUAUCUGAUUCUGUCAAAAGCAUUGGAAUUCCAGCUAACAAAUCAAAUGAAAAAGGCAAUAGAUCGUUAAACACAAGACAGAGGAAGUCUGGAACCAACAGCCCCAUCAUUGUUUUACCAGAAAAACUCGAUAACAUCAAAUCUCAAGAAAAGGUUCAUGAAUGGCUCAACUCGGAGGAUUUUAUGGGCGAGGAUUCAGGUAACCUGGAAUCCUGUCAAAAUCUUCAACCUACAGUUGAAGUGGAUUCGCCAACCUUGUAUGAUGGACUCAAAUCGUUUUCACAAACAUCUCAUCGUUCAGACAGAUUGAUCGAACAUGAGCCAAAAAAUCCUACGCUUACCCGAUCGGAGAGAUCCUUGAAGAAUUCAGAAAUUAUGACAAAACAUCAAGAAAAUCUCAGGACUGAAAAUAGUCAUCGCAAGUUCAAAAGCUUCACGUCUGAAGCGAUUCAACAAAGAAGCCGUACAUAUACUAAAGAGAAUUUGAAUCAGGUUUCUAAAGCUGUUAGGCCUUCAGAAACAAUAUUUAAUAUUUUGAUGAACCAGUCGGUAGAACAAAAAUCAGGAAGCAAGAAACUGAAAGGCCCCUCCAUAUCAAACGAAGAUUCGUGGUCUGAAUUAGAAAGCUUUAAAAAAGAAGCACGCUCUAAGGUGAGAAAACGGAAACGCCUGAACGUCAGUAUUGAAAGGCCACAUUCUUCCAGACAUCAUGUUAAUAUCUCAGAUCCUGAAGAAUUUGAGGAAGGAGAUCAAAGUAAAAUUGAAGAUUUUGAGACCGCCGAAGAUCAAAACAGUCGGGAUAUGGAAGCCAAUCAGAUGGCUCAUUGUCAGAAACAAAAGCCUAAUCUUGUGUCUUACAGGAUACUAGAAGCAAACGAGAUGAUUGAUGUUACAAAACUGAACAAGCGCCAAGUAAAAGACAUAAUUGGGGUCUCAAACAAAGAUAGAUCAAAUGAUUCAAGCUUGAGUCUUGAAGAGUCUCCGGUUAAAUCACUGAAGAAUAAAUUGUCACUCAAGAAAUCUGGUGCAUCUAGCCAAGAUAUUAACAGAGACCCAAUUUCGCUCAUAAAACCUGACGAAAAGACAAAUUUUGAUUUUGACAAAAGUACAGUACAAGCCAAGCAAAGUAUUGAAACUGCAGAAGACAACACACGGCCUCACUCUAGUCUGUCGCAUAAAGGUUCGGAGAAUUCCAAAGCUGAAAAAUUGCGACAUUCUACUCAGAUAAAAACAGCAACUCUCACCCGUAGCCCCUCCAAAGUGAUGUUGGAUGAAGACUCCACUCAUUGUCAGCUGGAAAAUCAGGAUGCCACUAGGAUUGCGACACAAAAACCUUCUAUCAUAAAAAAAUGCAGUGAUAGAUUAUCGUUAAGUGGAUCUUCAAACCGUGGUUCAAUAAAUGUGGGAGCUGGUACUAACGUUCGUUACCAAAUUUUGGGAAAACUUCACAAGCCUAGAAAACUUGUCAAAUUCUGGCAUCUCGGCCCGAUAAAAUCAAAUUCAUCUGAGUAUGAGUUACAAAAUCAAGCUGCAGUUUUGACUUGUGAUGCCCAGACUCAGACAAGUUCCGGAUAUACCAGCUCUCCUUCAAUGGUGAGGAUUGGAUCACAGAAAAUAAUUGUCAGCCGCGAAUCAUCGGAAAAUUCGCUCAUCUCUGCAACUCCCACUACUCUGACUACUUCAAAUCUUUUGAAGAAAAGGAUUACCGCAAAUGCCAACACCAGUAGUAGAAUUGAAGAGCUACAAGAGCCAUUAGAAGAAUUGAAUACUUUGAAUAAAGAUAAUAUGUUAUCUCCAGAGAAAGAUUCACAACUGAAAUACUUGGCCACUGAGUCUCAUAUGGUGGGAAUAAAUCGCUCAAAUUCAGACGGUCAACACCAAACUAACCAAUCAUUUUCUGCAGUCACAAGAGAAAGCAGCUUCGCAAACUCAAUCUUUACAACAAAACAAGACCCAGAUUAUAUGACAAUGAUGAAAAAAUGUGCAGAGAAAUUGCUAGUUACAGAUUCUGAAAUUGAAGGGGAUCCUGAUAUAACAAGCGAAAGGUUUUAUCCAGUAAACCAGCAAACUGAUGCUGCAACUGAUGUUAGGUCUAAUAGAAUGUCUGCUACAACAAGUUCUGCUGCUCCAAAGACUGUAUCAGAAUAUUCAUCCAUGAAAGACGAUAUCAGUGUCAAUAAAUCACCUUCCUUGCAAAGUAUGGGUAAUUAUUCAGAGAAAAGCCUAUCCAAUGCUUCGCCAAGGAGAAAGAAAUUUUCGAAACGUUCAAGUACUAGUGCAACCAAACGAAGAAGUGCAGAAGAAUUGAAAUCACAGACGAAAAUAAGUAACCAAACCAAUGAUGAGCGUGUGUCUGAAGCUGAAACUAUACUGCUAAAGCCCUUCAACAAAACAUAUGGCAACCAGUAUGAAGUUAGAGAAUCAGUUGGCACACCUCCUAGGCACAAGGUUGUCAGAAAAUUGAAGUAUAGUCAGGAGUCCGGUUCAAGUUCAGAUAGUAGUAAUGGAAAAAUCCAUUCCUUGAAUCACCAAAGAAAAUCUAUUGAAGAACAUAAAUCCGCUUGCCUACCUGCACCAAAUUCUUUUAAAAAAAUACAUAAAAAUUGUGGUACGGAUACGGAGGAUGAUGACUUGGUAGUAUCAUUAAGCCCAAGUAUGUCAUCUAGUCAUUCCCAAAAUGUAAUGAAAUCUGUACCCUCCCAGCAAACAAACAAAAGUUCAAAAUUCAGUGAAGAUAUAAGCUUAGUUUUGACUUCACUUUCGGAAAAACCUGAAUCUGGAAGAAAGAGAUCUCUGUCACCAGCCUGUUUGGACACUGCCGAGCUACAGGCACGGGCGAGUAACUGGUGUGCGGAAUUGGAGCGUUCUCCACAAGAAAUGGUUAUGGGCAAAAGGCCUCGUCAUCUGUCCAAAAACCCUUCUCCUGAAAGUACGCUAAAGAAAAAACCGAAAUUCGAUAAUGAAGACUCACCUACCUCAAGUAGCAAUGACAGUCUCCCAAUAUUAAAUCAAACUGUUUUUUAUGGAAACCAAGAGAUAAACCCUGAACCAAUGAUGGUGGAUGACACAGUAAAAAAGGUCAAAGAGAUUUCUCAUCAACAAUUCUCAAGUAGUACUGGCGAGAAUGAAUCCUCUUCUUCAGUAAUACCUUUUCACAGUGCCGUCAACGUGGAAACGGAUCUCAUUAUGACAGUUUCUCAUGCGCGAACUGAUUUUGAUAGUGCUAUUGACGAAAAUCUAAUGGAACUUGCAUCUCACUUUGAUAGCAUUGAUAAAACCAUUCAAGCGCCGCAAAAGAGUCCUAAUGCGUUAUCAAAUGAAAGGAAGUAUGUUGCAGCAAAUAGCUCAAGGCAUGUUACGCCGACUAAAGAGAAAAUAUCUUCAAUUCAAUCAGUAAAUAUUGCGGAUGGAAUGGCAGCCACAAAUGAAAACUUGGAUCUCAGCAUAGCUGACACUCCAGAGGCUCAAGAUAUCCUGAUGACGCAACGACUUUCUCAUAAUUCUGACAAAGAAAAUGAUUCUAAAAGACAAGAUAUGAAAAAGAGGGUAACGAAUGAUAUUAUUCCAGAAAAUUUCGAACAACAAAUAAAGACAGAAACAUCUGAGUCUUCUUUUGAACGUGAUAAUUUUAACAUAACUCAGGAGGAAGCGAUACUGCUCGAAUUUGAGAGAAAUAUACUUGGGCAAAAAAGUAGCGAUGCAUUAAAUAAAAAUAUUCAAAAUACAUUACGAAACAAAGCAUCAACAAAUGCCCCAGAAAGGAACCAUAAAAAGGAUCUACGAAACAUUUUGUCCGAACAGGAGGUGGCAAAGGAACAUCAAUUGAACCUUGUUGAUUCACUGACGGUCGGAGAAGAGAUCAUCGAGAGUACUCCGGAAAAAAGUUAUCUGCCAUCAAAAAAAGAUUUUCACAGUCAGAUCCACAAUUCACAGAGAUCAGAUGUAUCACGAAAAAGCUUUAGAUCUGUAGAUAUAACUCCGAUUUCUAAUAGACUCCAUAAAUCCGGGGCAUCUUUAUCUACGACCCCGUUGGUCAUGCGUAACGAAAAAUCUUCGGCGGCUACAAACUCGAAAGUUCAUCCUCUUUAUCACAGUACCCCAAAACCUACAACUUUAGUUGUUUCAAAAACAAAACUCGGUACGAAGAAUAAUGAACGCAAAUUGUGCUUCGUAUGUAGUUGCUUGACUCUCUCCCAAGUACAAACCGUUAAAGAACUUGCACGCACUCACAAUGCAGAUUACACGGCGGUCUACAAGCCAGAAGUAACUCAUCUUAUCGUUGAAGAGAACGAAACGAAUUCUGCGAGUAGAACGCUCAAAUAUCUACUAAGUGUGGCUCAUAAGAAAUGGAUACUCAGCUAUCGUUGGGUGGCGGAUUCUAUGAAUCAGAAAAGACUAAAACAAGAGGAAGACUAUGAAGUACUCGACAACGAUUCCCUGGAACCAGGUCCACGAAGAUCUCGAUUAAGAACAAGAGGCUUAUUCGAAGAGUAUGCUUUUGUGUGUAUGGAACCAUUCUCGGAUAUCUCGCUCCAUCAGGUCAAGGAUAUUGUGACCAGCACCGGCGGCACAGUAGUCGGCUCUUUGGAAGCUCUUUCCCGUGUGACAAAAAAAUAUAAAAUUAUUCUGUACAACAGUGAACGAUAUGACUUGGCUGUAUUGCAGAGUUGGCUAGCCAAAGGACGAGCCUUACCAGUGCUACUUGAGUGGGUCCUGGCUUGCGUCGGACAAUACGGAUUGACCUCUCUCUACUCGUAUCUACACACUCUAGAUCCUCAGUUAGCAUUAGACUUGGGAUUUCCUGACGAGCUUGUAGCCGAAGAUGACGAUAGCUGCAGCUUGAAUGAUGAUGCUUCGACUUCACAUGCCGCGUGAUAUUGUGAGCCCAAGAACUAUGUUGAUCCGUAUUUAAGUAUAAGUGAUACAACUUGUUUAAAACUUUAAUAUUGUUGCUAAAGUAAAUAAUCCUUUUUUACAAGUAUUUUUAAUAUAUCCCGUUAUUCUCGCAGAGGAUUGUUGUUAUUCCCCAGGAAAAAAUGAUAAAUCUAAGUCGAUAGCAA